ACAAAUUCAUUCCUAUCAUGUAAAUUUUGAUAGGUUUAUUAAUUGAAUCCUUUAAAAUAUGAGCUAGCUAAUCCUCAUAUUUCAUUAAACACAACAAGUGUUCUGUUCAAGUAGUAGUGAUUGAACCAGUGAUUUUAAAAUAAGAAAUAUAUUUUGCUAUACAUUUACAAGUAAGCGAACAGUUUGCAAUGGUUAUUUUCCUGUUAAUUCCAUGUAUUAUUUAUUUGCUUGUGCGAAAAUAUUUUUCUAAAAAGGAUAUAAAAAAUGUAGCAAAUAAGCACAUAGUUGUGAUUGGAGGCUCCAGUGGAAUUGGCAAAUCUAUAGCCCAACUAGCUGCGAAAAAUAAUGCCCAUGUUACUAUUAUUGCUAGAAAUAUUGACAAACUGACUCAGGCAAUAGAUGAUAUAAGAAAAUGUUCUGUGAAUCUAUCAGAACAGAGGAUCAGUUAUGUAUCAGUGGAUGUAACAAACUUUGAAGAUAUUGAGAAUAAUUUAUGUGAAAUCGAAGAAACAAUUGGCCCCAUAUAUAUGCUUGUUAACUGUGCAGGUUUUGCGGUUUGUGGCGAAAUGGAAAAUUUUUCAGUAAAUCAAAUAAAAUCUUUAAUCAAUAUAAAUAUUCUGGGUACUAUUUACCCAAUAAAGGCAAUAAUUCCUAAAUUCAAACAAAGAAAGGAGGGUAUAAUUGUUCUCACUGGUUCAUUAGUAUCACUCUUUGGAAUGUAUGGAUAUUCGAUAUAUUCUAGUUGCAAAUUCGCUCUUAGAGGUUUAGCGGAAUCAAUACACAUGGAGUUGAAACCUUUCGGUGUAACUGUCACACUAGCUCUACCUCCUGAUACAGACACUCCAGGAUUUCAUGAAGAAAAUAAAACUAAACCUAUUGAGACUUCAAAAAUUUCAGCAAUGGGCACUCUUUAUGAUCCUGACGAGGUUGCUAAAAAAAUUCUUCAAGAUGCUUUGGACGGAAACUUCUUCAGUUACAUUGGAUUCAAUGGAUUCGUUCUGACAACUUUGUGCAAAGGAUUUAGCCCAGUCAGAAAUUUCAUCCAAAUUUUUGUUGAAUCAGCUGUGAUUGGUUUGAUACGUUUCAUUUCAGCAUUCUAUGUUGUGCAGAUGCAGAAAAUUGUACAGCACUGUUUCGAUGAAAAGGAGCAGAAAAAGAAAGAACAAUCCAAGAAUAAAUAUUCGUAAUUGCAAUAAUUGCUCAUACUUAGCCUACGUAUUGUUUUUAAACGAAUGAGUUUAUUGAUAUAUCAUCAACAAUCUUGAUUGCUAGAAUCAUUGUUACCAUAUAGGUUAGUCAAAAGGACUAUUCUUAGUGAUUAUUUGUUAAAGAUAGAGAAGUUUUCAGAGAUAGUUUCAGUUCCAAUAAGAAUUGAGAACAUACUACAUUUCACUUGGAGAAGUUUUGAUUCGGUGAAAUUAGGUUUGAAUUGAAGAAUUUAUUGACUUGAUUAUUAAAAUAAUAAUGGGAAUUGCAGGUCUUCAGAAAAGCUUUAAUGAAAUGAAAAUCUUUUCCUAAUUUUCCGUAUUAAAUAUUAUUUAGGACACAAUGCAGUAUUAAAUUUCUUCGGAUGUUGAGAUAGAUCAUUUCCUUUAAGGAUUAUUCAGUCUUUGUUAGGAUAAUUGUUUCUGCAAGUUUAUUUGAUCAGUAUUUUUAGCACACUAAUAUCUGAAUGUAUUAAUAGGUCAUAAAGCUUAAUUUCAGAAUUCGUUUUCGAAAUAAAACUCACUGAAUCUGAAUAUUAACUUCGAUUAAUUUGAAUAGUCUGAAAUAUUAUUUAGGUAAAAGUAGAAUAGGAUUAUGCACCUGAAAUGUAUCGAGAAGUGGAUGGCCUAAAUAUUUAGAUUCACAGUUUUUUUCAUCCGAGCCAACAAAGGAAUUUAGCAAUAAUUCUAAAGUUGUUUUGACAAAUUGAUGGUGAUUUCUGAUAUUACUUCGGCUGCCAUAUUUUUCUAAAUCGAAUAGUGUUGUGGGUUAGUGACAAAUUUUGUCCCUUUUGAAAUGAUAAAAUUUUAUAAAUAAACUUAAGAUUUAUACUUAGUAUUGCAAAAAUGACUGUUCCUACUUCUAUAUUUAUUAUAAUGUGAAUGAGUUCACUAAUGUUCCGAAUUUCAAAUAAAUAAAUUUUCACAAAGAUU